CCUGAUUGUAUAACUGCCAGAAAUGAGUCCAUGCCUCUUCUACUGAUACCCCUGAGUCAAUUAUCCAAUCUCCAGUCUAUGCUGCAGAGUUGAUUGCCUUCGUAUCUGCCUUCCAUAUGUUGGGACGGGUUGACGUAACUGUUUGACAGACCGUCUCAGCCACGAACUUGGGUUUAACGACUGCAUGAUCACCUAUCCCCAGAGAUGGGAGGAAAGUUAUUUGACUGACAUCAUUACCAUGUGUGAAGAUUAGAUUCAAGAGAGACGAGGAGCUUCGUAAGUCAUAUCUGAUGGAAUCUUUAAUGGGCGGGAAUAACUUUAGUGGCAAUUUUAGGAAAUGUUCAGGUACUAGUCUUCAGACUCUCUCCUCUCAGUGGCAAGAAGAAAACCCACAAUUGAACGCUUUGUCGCUUAAUUCGCACUGCUGUUUUUAAGAAACUCCUACAAAGUUCGCCCUAAUCUCUCCUAUAUUAGUUGCUUGGCGGUUGUUGCGUAUUGAAAUGAAUUACAAACUGUCGGGUGCCUAUGAUAAUUAGGGGUAUCUGAAUCAUAGUACAAACUAGGAAUCACAGAAAUAACGCCAUUGAAUAAUGAAGUACUAGAUAAGCACAAACGAAUGUACUAUAUUUGGAAUUCAAAACCAAGCAUUCAACAAGUACAAAGGAAUCGUCAGUUCAUACAAACACCACAGUGCCUCAAGAAGUAACUGUUCCUGUCAUUUGACAGGACAAUAUAUAUGCCAAAUCAACAUUCGUUUGCUAUACAUGGCUCCAAAUGUAAAAAGUUCACGGUCACUUUUGGUAGUGUGGUCAGAUCGUUCUUAUCGUGAAAGUGGGAUAAUGAACCAUGGAAAAUAAUACGGAAGGAAAAUCUAUGCUAACACCAAAAGAUGGUUGUAUUUUUUGCUCCAUUGCUUACGGAAAGACAAAUCAAACAGUCUGUUUCGAAACCAAUGAUUUAGUGAUAUUUCAUGAUCACUUACCGAAAGCUCAGUAUCACUUUCAAUGUGUUCCUAAAAAGCACAUAAGGAACGCUAAAUAUUUGACUCAUGAAGAUAUACCACUAGUUAUGGAUAUGAUGACUUGCGGAAAGAAUUAUCUCACUAGUCAAUUGAAAUUGGACCCAGACGAUUUUUUGUUUGGAUUUCAUUGGCCACCAUUCAAUAGUGUCCAUCAUCUACACAUGCACAUCCUUGGACCUAAACAACUUAUGAGUUUUAAUCUAAUGUUUGAUCCGCGGUUUCAUAUUUUCCGAAAGGUUGAAAGAGUUUUGGACGAUUUAAAAAAGCUCAAAAUUGAAAGGAAGAAGUGAAAUAGGUCGACCUCAAGCAGUCCAAUGAAUAACUCAAUAUUUAGUUGGCUUCGUUUACGUGCUUUCAUAUUUUCUUUUCUAUUUUGCUGAUCAUCAAAUCAAUGUAGAUAGUUCUUUUUUACCGUGCUUUCGAAUCAUGUAAAUUGAUAUACAGUCUACUAUUUCUCAGAACAAUCUUAAAAGCCGUUGUGAUAUUGUUUCGACAAAAAGUAUGUCUUCAUUAUUUUAUCAGAUGCGAUUCUCAAUGAAUUAUAUUUUCUAUGAUAUCUUUAUCA